AUGGAGGCUUCAGGGCCACCCCAGGCCAGGAGGUGCUGCCCUGAGGCCCUGGGGAAGCUCUUCCCUGGCCUCUGCUUCCUCUGCUCCCUAGUGAUCUAUGCGCUCGUGGGUGCUGCACUCUUCUCUGCCAUUGAGGGCGGCCAGGUCCUGGGGAUGGCAGAUAACCAGGAGUUUGAGGAGUUCUUGGAGGGGCUCUGCAGGAUCUUGACCUGCAACAGAACAGUUGUGGAAAGCAGGAAACAGGACCUCCGGGAGCAGCUGCGGAAGGUGAAGCCCCAGUGGUUUAGCAGGUCCUCAGACUGGUCCUUCCUGGGCUCGCUCUUUUUCUGCUGCACUGUAUUCAGCACCGUGGGUUAUGGCUAUAUCUACCCUGUCACCAGGCUGGGCAAGUACCUGUGCAUGCUCUAUGCUCUUUUUGGCAUCCCCCUAAUGUUCCUGGUCCUCAUGGACAUGGGCGACAUCCUGGCACCCAUCUUAUCUGCAUGUUACAGUUGGUUCCGGAAACUCCCUUUCUUCACCUGCAAUCCCUCCAAGGGGUGCUCUGAACGGCUCUGCCGGAGGACGCCUGCCACCAAGUCUGCUGACAAAGCUGUCCCUUCAAUCGUCGUCGAUGCUGAAGAGCUCCCGGGCCCCUCACCUGACAAAUGUGCUUCAGCCCCAAGCUGCAACACAGAGCUGUUUGAGAGAUUUCUGGAACGAGAGAAACAGAACACACUGCAAGUGCCCCCGCCGACCAGGGAGAGGAGCAACUCGUGUCCCGAACUGGUGUCAGGGAGACUCUCAGUCUCUCUCAUCAGCAAACUGGAUGAGGUUGGGCAGCAGGUGGAGAGCCUGGAUGUCCCCUUCCCUGUCAUCGCCCUGGUGGUUUUUGCCUACAUUUCCUGUGCAGCUGCCAUCCUCUGCUUCUGGGAGAAACAGCUGGGCUUUGAGGAUGCCUUCUAUUUCUGCUUUGUCACACUGACCACCAUUGGGUUUGGGGAUAUUGUGUUAGAACACCCUAACUUCUUCCUGUUCUUUUCCAUUUAUAUCAUCAUUGGGAUGGAGAUUGUGUGCAUCGCUUUCAAGUUGGUGCAAAACAGGCUGAUUCACGUCUACAAACAGCUCAUGCUAUUCUUUGCAAAAGGGAAGUUUUACCACCUUGUGAAAAAGUGA